CAGCUGUCAUACAGAACAGGUGGAGGCACAAUAGCAACUAGUCACAUUCCUCCUAGCGGAACUGUGGAUCCUCAUCUGCCUAAAAUAUCUUCAUUGCAAACACUAAAGCCAAACAGCAACAGCGUUAAGAGGACACGAAGGAAAUGGAUUUUACUGUCAUACGUAUAAUAUUCCUAUUGAUAUCAGCUGGAACUGUCCUCUCUUCUGAAGAUGAAUCCCGGUUGUUUUCCGAUCUAUUCAAAACCUACAACAAGGUCGUUCGUCCUGUUCAGAAAUUUAAAGAUAAGGUUGUGGUAACAGUCGGACUUCAGCUUAUACAACUCAUUAAUGUGGAUGAAGUAAAUCAAAUCGUAACUACUAAUGUUCGUCUGAAACAGCAAUGGGUGGAUGUAAACCUGAAAUGGAACCCAGAAGACUACGGAGGAAUAAAGAAGGUCCGCAUCCCUUCUAGUGAAAUUUGGCGGCCAGAUUUAGUUCUUUACAAUAACGGUGAUGGUGACUUUAAUAUCGCCCCAGUAACUAAAGCCCUUCUGGAUUACACUGGAAAAAUUACAUGGACACCUCCAGCCAUUUUCAAAAGCUACUGUGAAAUGAUAGUCACGCAUUUCCCAUUUGACCAGCAGAACUGCAGCAUGAAACUCGGCACAUGGACCUAUGAUGGCGCAUUAGUGGUUAUAAACCCGGAGAGCGACCGUCCGGAUCUGAGCAGCUUCAUGGAGAGCGGAGAAUGGCUGAUGAAGGACUAUCGCUGCUGGAAACACUGGGUUUAUUACGAUUGUUGUCCUGAUACACCUUAUCUGGAUAUCACAUAUCACUUCCUCUUACAACGUCUCCCGCUUUAUUUCAUUGUCAAUGUUAUCAUACCAUGUCUGCUUUUUUCAUUUCUAACUGGAUUGGUGUUUUAUCUGCCCACUGACUCAGGCGAGAAAAUAACACUCAGCGUUUCUAUCUUGCUGUCAUUGACUGUGUUUCUUUUGGUCAUUGUUGAGUUGAUCCCUUCCACCUCGAGUGCUGUCCCUCUGAUUGGAAAGUACAUGUUAUUUACCAUGAUGUUUGUGAUUGCAUCAAUUGUAAUAACUGUAAUUAUAAUCAAUACCCAUCAUCGCUCGCCCAGUACUCAUAUUAUGCCUCAGUGGGUAAAAAAGGUUUUUAUUGAGACCAUCCCAAACAUCAUGUUCUUUUCUACAAUGAAACGGCCUUCAGAACAAAAACAGAGGAAGAACAUUUUUACUGAAGACAUGGAUAUAUCAGAUAUUUCAGGAAAGCUCGGACCCGCAGAAGUGGCUCACCAAUCUCCAGUAUUAAAGAGCCCAGAUGUGAAGAAUGCAAUCGAUGGAGUGAAGUACAUAGCAGAGACCAUGAAUGCAGACAAGGAAUCCAAUAAGGCUUCAGAAGAAUGGAGGUUUACUGCCAUGGUUCUGGAUCACAUCCUGCUUUUGGUAUUCAUGAUAGUUUGUAUAAUUGGAACAGCGGCUGUGUUUGCUGGUCGUCUCAUUGAGUUACACAUGCAGGGUUAAAAAAGGACAUUAAAUCUCAUUAAUCACAGUCACCAUCAAUAAUUGCUGCCUUAACGACCAUCACCAGCGUGCCAAGGUGGUAAGAAGCUGGAUUCUGAGGGCAGUAGAAAGUAUUUUUUCGAAAAGGUUUAUUAUUUAUACUCUGUGUGUUAUGUCCUAUUACAGUG